AUGCAAAUCAACAUGCACAUCAGAAACCAACCCACAGAAGCCCUCUUCCCGCUACACAGUACAACAACAACAACAACAACAACAACAACAACAACAACAACAACAACAACAACAACAACAACAACAACCAUCCACCCACCACAACCACUAUCCCCCAAACCCCACCUCUACUUCGCCUACGGCUCCAACCUCUCCCCAACCCAAAUGGCCAUGCGCUGCACCAUCAACCCCUCCCACUCCGCCAAACCCCUCGCAAUCGCCUCUCUCUCCCACUGGCGCUGGCACAUCAACGAGGCAGGCUACGCCAACGUCCUCCCGCCAGUUGGUCUCCGCAUAUCCUCUCAACUCAGUCACGCCGCAGACAAAAUCCCCGUCUCGGGAAGCGAGGAUACCGUCUACGGGGUCCUGUACGAAAUGGAUCCCGGGGACGAGAGGAUUCUGGAUGGGUACGAGGGGAUCGAUCGGGAGGCAGAGGUUGUGCAACCCGGAUCUGGAAAGGGAGAGGAGAUAGAUGUUGACAUUCGGCCGCGGGAGCAGGGGGAGGGGGAUUAUAAUAAGUGGUAUGUUGAUGCCGUGGUGGUGAAGUGGCUGGACGGGGCGAGUCAGUUGCAGUAUGAACGGGGGAAGUGGAAAGGAGAAGAAGCUUCGGGGACGGUCAGGGCUUUGGUUUAUGUGGAUGAGGAGCGGGUGGUGGUUUCGAAGCCGAAGGCGGAGUAUAUCCCGCGGAUGAAUCGGGCGAUGCGGGAGGCGGAGGGGUUGGGUGUCAGUGGGAGGUGGUUGGGGGAGGUGUUGAGGAGGUUUAUUCCCGAGGAGUGA